ACGCUGUAACUUUUUUUAAACGGUUAUCCUUCGAACCUUAAAUAUGAAACGGUUACAUUCGUAUAAACAAAUAGAUACAUACAACGAUACACCGAUUAUUUUAAAAUUAUUCUAACGCUCUACAGUGUAGGGUGUGUUACGUCCGUCUAACGCAUAAACCCUCUGCCUGACCAGACCAUCGUCUUAAAUCUUCAGUGGCGUCUUUCAUAGAAAUAGUAUCGACAUGGUAGAGAAAAAGAUUUUCGUCGUUCUUUGCUUCCACCAUUAGAUCUUCUUCAGAUCGGAUCACAAAUUUCAGCAGAUAAGCUUAACAGGGUCUUGAGGGAUUGUUGUUUUUCACACCGUGGCAAUAGAAUAUAUACAAGGACUGGUUGAAGAUUGAGAUUUUCAUUUAAUACUAUUGAUUUUAGUUAUCAAUGGCAGCUCCUGGCGGAGCUAGACCAGGCAAUACACGGCCCAACUAUAGCCCCAAUUAUCUUGCUGAUAAUAUGCAAAACCUACAAAUCAACCGCCCUGCUGGUGGCUCUAGACCUGCUCCUCCUUUUCGGCAGCAAUCCCCACCUUUCCCUUCAUCAGCUCCUCCUUCGUCUCCAUUUUCAGUAACCCGUCCUGGACCACCCCCACAGGGCGUCCGUCCAAGGGCUUCAGUGCCUCCUGGGGGACCUCCACAAGCCACAUUGUCCCCGGACAUGGCUUCCAGUAGGCCCUCUGGACCUUCCAUUACUCGGCCUCCUCCACCUUUUGGGUCGAGGCUUCCACUUCCUGGGUCUAUGCCCCCUUCUAUGGGCAGUCAGGGUGUGCCCCCAACUGGGGCACAUCCUGGUGCCUUCCCAUCUUUUGGACAAGUGGCAGCCCCUCUGGGUCCUCGUUCUGGCCCUUUUGCAUCUUCCUCUUCGAUGACAGGUUUGGCUAUGCCACCUUCAAGCACCCACAGCCCUAUUAGUAAUGGAAUACCUGCAUUUGCCUCGGGGCCUCUGCAAGGUGGACCUCGUUUCGCUUCAACUGGCAGUUCUCCGCGACUACCAGCUGGACCUCCACGAUCAACAAUGUUCUCUGCUGUAGAUCAUGCACAGGCUCCAACUGUGCGUUCUCUUCAUGGAAGUCUACCUGCCAGUGCAUUUCCAGAUUUUGUGCAGCCAGCCUCGCCAAUUUUAGCAUCACCACAAAGUGUGCCACUACCUUCUGGUUCCUCACCAUUUUCAGCAGCACCACGUCAAGGUAUAGGUCCGGCUUCAGGUUUUCCAUAUGGGCCACAAACAAGACCAAUGCAACCACCGCAUGUGGCUCCACAUCCACCAAUGCCUGGUUCUGUACAACCACCCAGAAUGUUUGGAAUGCCACCUUCGCUUCCAAAUCAAUCUAUGGGUUAUAUUGGAGCCUCUAUGACAGGGCAAUCAAAGAUAGAUCCAGAUCAAAUUCCGCGACCCAUUCCAAGUUCUUCUGUGAUUCUGCAUGAAACUCGUCAGGGCAAUCAGGCCAACCCUCCCCCGCCUGCUACAAGUGAUUAUAUUGUCAGCGACACUGGAAAUUGCAGUCCCCGAUACUUGAGGUGCACUAUCAAUCAGAUUCCAUGCACUGUUGAUCUUUUGACAACAUCCGGGAUGCAGUUGGCUUUAUUGGUCCAACCCUUGGCCCUUCCUCAUCCAUCUGAAGAGCCCAUCCAAGUCUUGGAUUUUGGGGAAAGUGGUCCUGUUCGAUGUUCUCGUUGCAAAGGCUACAUAAAUCCUUUCAUGAAGUUUAUUGAUCAGGGAAGGCGUUUUGUCUGUAACUUAUGUGGAUUUACGGAUGAAACUCCCCGUGACUACCAUUGCAAUCUGGGUCCAGAUGGUAGGCGUAGAGAUGCUGAUGAAAGGCCUGAGCUAUCUAGAGGAACUGUUGAAUUUGUAGCUACAAAGGAAUACAUGGUGCGUGAUCCAAUGCCUGCUGUAUUUUUCUUCAUCAUUGAUGUAUCCAUGAAUGCCAUACAGACAGGUGCAACGGCUGCUGCUUGCAGUGCAAUUAACCAAGUCAUUGCCGAUCUUCCUGAGGGCCCUCGGACAAUGGUAGGUGUUGCCACAUUUGACUCAACCAUCCAUUUUUACAAUCUGAAGCGUGCAUUACAGCAGCCAUUGAUGCUCAUAAUUCCUGAUGUGCUAGAUGUUUACACUCCUCUCGAAACCGAUGUUAUCGUUCCACUAUUUGAGUGCCGACAACAUCUAGAACUCCUGUUGGAAAAUAUCCCAACCAUGUUUCAGAAUAACCAAACUGCUGAUUCAGCCUUUGGUGCAGCAAUCAAGGCUGCGUUUUUGGCAAUGAAGAAUACUGGAGGCAAACUUCUAGUGUUUCAGUCAGUUUUGCCAUCAGUUGGCAUUGGAGCCCUUUCUGCUAGAGAGGCUGAAGGAAGAACAAAUAUCUCUGCUGGGGAAAAGGAGAUCCAUAAAUUACUCCAACCUGAAGACAAAACUUUAACAACAAUGGCUGUUGAACUUGCUGAAUACCAGGUCUGUGUUGAUGUAUUUAUUACUACCCAAACUUAUGUAGACAUUGCUUCUCUCUCUGUCAUCCCAAGGACUACUGGAGGCCAGGUGUAUUAUUAUUACCCUUUCUCUGCUCUUUCUGAUCCUGCCAAGCUUUAUAAUGAUCUACGUUGGAACAUUACUAGGCCUCAAGGUUUUGAGGCAGUGAUGCGUGUAAGAUGUAGCCAGGGUCUUCAAAUUCAAGAAUAUUCUGGAAACUUUUGUAAACGCAUUCCGACAGAUGUUGACCUACCUGCGAUCGACAGUGACAAAACUAUAAUGGUAACUUUAAAACACGAUGAUAAACUGCAAGAUGGCUCAGAAUGUGCCUUCCAGUGUGCUCUUCUUUACACCACUGUGUAUGGCCAAAGAAGAAUUCGAGUUUCUACCUUAUCAUUGCCAUGCACUAGUAUGCUAAAUAGUCUGUUCCGCUUGGCUGAUUUAGACACCCAAUUCACUUGUUCUUUGAAGCAAGUGGCAAGUGAAAUUCCUUCCAGUCCCCUCUUUCAAGUCAGGGAACAAGCGACAAACCUUUGCAUCAACAUUCUGCAUUCAUAUCGCAAAUACUGUGCUACAGUAUCAUCAUCCGGACAACUUAUUCUUCCUGAGGCACUUAAACUUUUGCCUUUAUACACCCUUGCAAUGGUUAAGAGCAUUGGAUUGCGAACUGAUGGGCGAAUAGAUGACAGGUCCUUUUGGAUCCAUUAUGUUUCCUCACUUUCUACUACUCUAGCAGUUCCGUUGGUCUACCCCAGGAUGAUGGCUAUUCAUAACCUUAACUCGAAGGAGAUGGACGAAUCUAUUAUACCUCUUACAAUUCCACUUUCCUGUGAACACGUGACUGAUAAUGGAAUAUAUCUUCUUGAGAAUGGUGAGGAUUGUUUAAUUUAUAUUGGGAACUCAGCAGAUCCUGAUACCAUGCGACAAUUGUUUGGCAUUUCUUCAGUUCAUGACAUUCCUACUCAGUUUGUAUUGCAGCAAUAUGACAAUCCUUUAUCGAAGAAGCUAAAUGAUGUUGUAAAUGAAAUAAGGCGCCAAAGAUGUUCCUAUCUGCGCUUAAAGUUGUGCAAGAAAGGAGAUCCAUCAGGAAUGGCAUUCUUCUCAUAUAUGGUAGAAGACAAGACUCAGAAUGGUGCCUCCUAUGUGGAGUUCCUAGUACACAUCCAUCGGCAGAUUCAAAGUAAAAUGGCUUGACUAUAUCCAAUAUUUCGUUUGAUUCACGAGUUUCAGAACCAUUUUCGUGGGACAACAGAGAUCAAGAAAAAUCAGUGUGGCCUGAGUCAGUUAUUUUUGGUGGAAACUGGAAAGCAAGGAGUAUAAUAUAUUAGAGGUUUGUUAAUUGUAGUGUACUCAAGUUAUGAGGUCAAGGAUGACAAUAAAAGAUAUCUAUAGCAUGUCUUCUUUCUUGUAUCCGUGUCACCCCUUAUCUUCUGUAAAAUAGACAAACAAUGUAUAAUCAAAUUUUUUAUGUAAAUUUUUGUGAUGGGAUUUCUCUCUCA